CCACAUAACAUCACUUAUGUAGUUCUUGGUACAACUUUUCUCUGGUUUGGGUGGUUCGGUUUUAACGGUGGUUCUGCAACGACGGCGAAUAUUCGUGCUAUUCUUGCAUGCACAGUAACCAAUUUGGCAGCGUCGUCAGGUGGACUCACAUGGAUGAUAAUAGAUUACCGAAUGGACCAAAAGCUAUCAGCACUUGGGUUCUGUUCAGGAGCCGUCGCUGGUUUAGUUGCAAUAACACCAGGAUCAGGUUAUGUGGCGCCUUAUUCUGCUAUUGUUUUUGGUGUUUGCGGUGGAGCUAUUUGUAAUAUGGCUGUUAAAUUGAAACAUAUUUUUGGAUUCGAUGAUGCUUUGGAUGUCUUUGCCGUUCAUGGUAUUGGAGGAUUGGUUGGGAAUAUUCUCACUGGUGUAUUUGCUGAUAAAAAUAUUGCAGCACUUAGUGGUGAAGAUAUUAUGGGAGGAGUUAUAAAUCAUAAUUACAUCCAACUGGCCAAACAAUUAUCAUCAUGUGGAGCAGGUCUUGUGUAUUCUUUUGCCAUGACUUAUAUCAUUCUUUUAAUUUUGAAUCAGAUUCCAUUUCUUAGACUACGUUUAGAUUAUAACAGUGAAGAAAUCGGUACGGACGAAUCUGAUCAUGGUGAAUCUGCAUAUUACUUUGUUGAAAAAGCAAUAAACGGUCUAAGAGUAAUUCCAAAACCUAUGUCUCAACCAUCAUCACCACAAGAAACGA